CCUCCUUCCGCUAGAGAGACGAAUGGAUGACCUUUGACUUCCUGGCAAUGAGUACCACGUCCACAACAGAGAGACGGGCUGAGAAAGAGCGACUGAAAGAGGAGGAGAGGGCAAAGGCUCAGGCCAUUGAACAGGCUGGUUUGCACAAAUUGGAGUUAAACCCGUUCUGGAAAGAUGGAGGAACUGGUCUGCCCCCAGAGCAGAAGGCUGGUACUGCAGCAACGAAAGGUCUAGUAGUGAAUGAUGGCGGUCUGGGCUGGCUGAGGAAGAACUACCAGAGGAUGAAGGAGCAGGCAGAGAGGGAGCAGCGCAGCCUCAACGAUGUGGUGGCUGAAAGAUACGGAGUGAGCACUGAUGGCACAUAUGGUCACGCCAAAAAGCCACUGCACAGAUGAGAUGUUGCAUAAUAU